AUGUUCGAGAAUUUGUUAUACCGAAAGUCUGAAAAUAUCCAGCCGAUUUUGACUCAAAUGCAGGACGUAAUUGCAACGAUUAAAAAACCGUUUCUAGAUGAUCGUUCAAACGUGUUCGGAGCUCUCAAAGUGGCAAUAUCCGUAGUGGAAGGACACAUGGCACGUGAUGGGGAGUGUAGGUUACUCUCCGAGCGAUAUCAUGAUAUUCAGCCAAUUUCUUCAUUUAUUUAUUUAUAG